AUGUCUCUCUCCCAACCCGGUAACACGCCGUCGGAAUCUAGAGGGCAUCUCAAUGAGCCAGAUGAUACCCCUACAAACAAUGCUGACGGCCUCAGUUGGUGUCAACUCAACUUUCUUGCCCAAUCAUUUUCCAUCUUUAUCGCUACGGAGAAGCAGCCACGCGACCUGGGAUAUUUUAUACGACAUUUGGAAGAUCGUGGUCCGCAAGGUUUUCUGGACUAUAUCCGCGGAAGGCUUCACAAACGCACCAAUACCAGUCCAAGACAAGACUCAGGCGAUAAUUACGAAGAGAAUUUGACUGAAGAACUCAAGUGGUUCAAAUACAUCUUAACAUGGAAAGAUAACAAGACAUCUCCU